AACGGGUCAGUCACCAGCCUGACUGCACUGAGGGAGUGAAGAUGCACAGAUUGAGCUGCACUCUUGUGCUGCUGCUCACUUUAUUCAGCGCACUGAGGGGUGCCAAAUGGACAUAUAACGGUCCAGAUGGAGAGCAUCACUGGUCCAAGCAUUAUCCAUACUGUGGUGGUGCCUUCCAGUCUCCGAUAGACAUUAGGUCAGAACUGCUGAGGUUCGAUCCAACUUUACGUCCGAUUGAAGUUCAGAACUACAACUUGCCACCAAAUGAGCAUCUCACUCUGGGAAAUAACGGACACUCUUUGCAAAUAUCACUGCCCUCACGGAUGUUCAUCUCCAGCCUGCGCCAUCGUUACGCUGCAGCUCAGCUUCAUUUCCACUGGGGCUCCUCUGGUCAGCCCACUGGUUCUGAACACAUGGUGAACAGCAAACAGUACGCAGCAGAGAUGCAUGUUGUACAUUACAAUUCGGACAAGUAUCCCAACAUAUCCAUGUCUGUCGAUAAAUCGGAUGGUUUGGCUGUGCUUGGUGUGCUGAUUGAGGUUGGGGAGUUUAAUCCAGCCUUUGAACACUUUCUGAAGUUUAUCAAUGGGAUCAAAUACAGACAUCAAAAAGUGCAGGUAACUGCUUUCAACAUUCGAGACCUGCUGCCUGCACGUUUGGAUGAGUAUUAUCGCUACGAUGGCUCAUUGACAACCCCCCCCUGCUAUCCGAGCGUGCUGUGGACGAUUUUCAGAAAUCAUGUGACAAUUUCACAAAAACAGUUUUUGGCCCUGGCAACAGCCCUGUACUCCUCAAAUUCCCAGGACUCAGCACAUAUGCCACUUGAGAGCAACUUCAGGAAACCACAGUUGGUCGACAGCAGAAUUGUCCUGGUAUCUUUUAAGGAUGAUGACCUUUUCUGGAUGAACGGUUUACUGGUUCCUGUUUUGGUGCUCUCUGCACUGGGAUUUGUCCUGGUUGUCUCUUUAAUUUGCUGCCUAUUAAGGCGAAAAAGAUCUGCUGCUGAACCGAAUAAAAGCAAACAUGUUGCGUAUACCAAUGGAGACAGAGACGAGUAUGGCUCAAGAGUAUAGGAUUUUGUCCUGGGUCUCAGUUCAACAGAUCUCUAUCAGC